AACUUCACUCGUGGGGAGGCUGGAACGUGACGUAAGCCACUGCUCAGACCACACUUUUUAGCGGAGCAAGCAUCUUGACUGGUCUGCUUUGUUUGUCUACAUGUGAAAGUAUUUUGCCCGGGCAUGUGCGGAAGGACUGCGUGCACCUUGGCGCCAGAUGAGGUCAGCCGAGCUUCUGGGUAUAGGGACAGGUCAGGAAGGCGAAGAAGACCACAGUGGCGAGAUGGAGAUAUGGACAAGUACCGACCCUCUUACAAUAAGAGCCCUCAGUCCAACAGCCCAGUGUUAUUAUCCCAUAGGCAUUUUAAGAAGGAUGCUCCGGUAGAUGAGUUUGUCCUGGCUGCAAUGCGUUGGGGUCUGGUUCCUGCCUGGUUUAAGGAGAACGACCCAAGCAAAAUGCAGUACAGCACCAACAACUGUCGCAGAGAGAGCCUGCUGGAAAAGAAGUCCUAUAAGGAUCCCCUUUUGAAAGGUCAACGUUGCGUCAUCCUGGCAGAUGGUUUUUAUGAGUGGAGGAGACAGGACAAGGACAAGCAGCCAUUUUUCAUCUACUUUCCCCAAAGCAAGCAAACACUGCCUGGAUCUGCUGACACACAGUGUGAUGGUGUCAAACAAGAAUAUCAGUCCGAGGCUCAGACACCAGAACAAGAAGAGGACAAGGAUGAGGAAUGUAGAUGGACUGGCUGGCGGCUGCUCACCAUUGCAGGCCUGUUUGACUGCUGGACACCCCCGUCUGGUGGGGAGCCUCUGUACACCUACACUGUCAUCACAGUAGAUGCCUCAUCUGAUCUUCAGAGCAUCCAUGACCGAAUGCCAGCGGUGCUUGAUGGUGAGGAGGAGGUGAGGCGAUGGCUUGACUUCGGGGAGGUGCGAUCACUUGAUGCCCUGGAAAUGCUGAGCCCCAAAAAUGCAUUGACCUUUCACCCUGUCUCCUCCUUUGUCAACAACUUGCGCAAUAAUUCCCCAGAGUGCCUACAGCCUGUGGAUCCUAACAUUAAGAAGAAGCCUGUGGAGACUGCCAGUAGUAAGAUGAUGAUGAGCUGGUUAAAGAGCUCCACGCCCACUAAGAGGAAGGAACCUGCAGAUUCCACAAAGACAGAUACUGGGGAAAAAUCCACAGCCCAAAAGCGACCCAAGACAGCAGGGCCUCUGCAGCAAUGGCUUCUGGGAAGUGAAAUGAACAAGAAAUGAAGGACUUGGGUGUUGUAGCACAUACGUUUUGGUAGGAUUUAAGACUUAAAUUGUGAGAGACCAUUAAUCCUGCUGUAUUUUCCAUAAAUCACUAGCAGUGAGUUGGAAAAUCCCACAAGCUUCCUUUUUCAAAUUCAUUGGUGAAUUUCACAUUUUUGAGUAUGAAAGUCUGCAGGUUUGGUGAUCUACUGAUCUACUGAUCACAAACCAGGAAAUUGUGCUGGAGUCAUUAGUUUGUCAUGCAAUAAAGAAUUUGUUUCCUGUAUGUGCUAGUCUAAACACAGAAUGGUUAUGUCCAUUCUGCAGGGGGGUAAAAAAACAACAUUUAUUUAUUCAACAACAUUUUUAUUCUCAUUAUUACUUUGAAAUACAUAUAUUUCCCAAACGA